CGGGACGCGCUCGGUAUCGUUGAAGCUCUUCUUGAACUUAGAGUUGAUCUUGAGAGCGUGGAUGGUCAGGGCCGUACAGCAAUGCAUCAUGCAGCCUCAAGAGGUGUAUCUCGACAGGUUGCCAUUCUGCUGUCGUGGGGUGCAUCUGCGUGCAGACCUGACUUCGAAUGCAAUCGACCAAUGCAUUACGCAGCUAUCAAAUCACAUACCGCCUCUCUUCGAUUCAUUUACAAAGCCAAUAAACUCAUCGUCUUAUUAUAAUGAUCCAUUGAUAUUCUUUAUCAGUGUUAUUCAUCAGCAUCAGUUUUUGUACGUGUGA